AUGGCUCCAGUACCUCCAACAAGCCGCAAGACAUCCAGCGGCCGAGGCGCAAUACCUUCGGUCAACCAUGGUCUAUUCCCAGAUGACUUUCGAACGACCAAGAAGGACAAGCGCUUGAUCAAGCACUCAGUCUUUGUGAACAAGGUGGCAAAAUCUCAGAUGAAAAUACCCAAGCGACGACGGCCCUCGAAAAAGCUUGUCGCCAAUCUCGACUCUCUCGCCGAUGCCCUACCCGACGCUGACGAUGAGACUCCCUCGGACGCUGCCAAUCAAGCGAACAUCAUCAAACAUAAGACAUUGAAACACCGCCCGGGCGCUAUGAAGAGGAAAGAGAAGAUGGAAAAGCUGGAGCGUGACAGGUUUAUCAAGAAUAUGGCACAAAUGAGCGCUAUUGAACAAGCCGCACCGAAACUACAGGAGCACGCCGAAACUCAACCGACAACUACGGAGUCUAGUUCCACGUCAAAUCGAUGGGCGGCUCUUCGAGGAUUCAUUUCCCAGACUAUGGAUCACCAGCCUGCAUUCAGGAACGCAAAAUGA